CCUAUCUCCAUCAUCAUCAUCUCCCCCAUCUCCAACCCUCUUUGUCGGAGUCUACAGCGUCGAGGUUUUUAACCCGUCUCGUCGCGCGACCCCCCCGCCCUCUUUCCCUUAUCAAAUUGCUGCGAUAACGGCGAGCCUUCCCCCGGAAGGCCCCUCAUAAACCCAGGCGUCAUGGCCGACGUCCGGUCCAAGAACCUUUACGAGCUUCUUGGCAAUGACCCUGAAUUGGACCCCAACAGAGCUCCUGAACCCCCCACGCGAGCUAUCGACAAGCCUAUUGCUCGCAGUGGCAAGCGCGAUGCCCCCAAGGAGCCCGUGAGCCAGGCUCCCGCCGAGACCAACAACCGCCGUGGUGGUCGCGCCACCGGUAACGAGGCCGCUUUCCGUGACCGCAACGCCGGCCGCGGCAACAACCGCGAGAAGACCACCGAGGAGACCCAGGGUCCCCGUCGCCAGCGUGGUGACCGCGCCCCCCGCGACCGCCAGUCCCGUACCGGCCAGACCGGUACCCGCAAGCAGGUCGCCCAGGGCUGGGGUGGCCAGAGCGGCGAGAAGGAGCUGGCCGACGAGAAGGCCGGCGAGAAGAUCGCCCACACCGAGGAGGCCGAGCCUCAGACCCCCGGCGAGGCCGAGGAGGCCGCUGAGAAGACCAUGUCUCUGUCCGACUACCUGGCCGAGAAGGCCGCUCAGGGUGACCUCAGCGCCAAGCCCGUCCGUGCCGCCAACGAGGGCAGCCAGCUCGACAAGAAGUGGGCCAGCGCCAAGGAGAUCAAGCGCGGCGAGGAGGAGCAGGAGUACUUCAAGGGCAAGGAGGAGAAGGCCCGCCGCGAAAAGCAGCGCAAGGAGAAGACCUUCCUCGAUGUCGACCUGCGCUUUGUCGAGCCCCCCCGCGCCGGCGGUAGCGCUCCCCGUGGCCGUGGCGGCCGCGGUGGUGCCCGUGGUGGCGCUCCCCGUGGCGGCCGUGGCAACGGUCCCCGCGGUGGUGACCGUGCCGGUCCUGCCCCUGGCGCCGCCCCCGCUGUCUCCGUUGACGAGAAGAACUUCCCCAGCCUUGGCGGCAAAUAAAGGAAUCUCCCAGGUCAUCGGACGACGGGGGUGACUUUCUCCUUUUUACGGUCUCGCGUCGUGGAAGUUGGAAGUUUACUAUCUCCCAGGUCAACAAUGCGAAUGUCAAUCCAUAUGGCUUAGAAACAUUGCAAAUUUGAGUAUGAGUAUGC